AUGACAAAAAAUAAGGAAAUAGCAGAAUUUCUUAUUUCUCAUGGUGCAAAUGUCAAUGCAAAAGCUAGAGGUGGAUAUACAGCGCUUAAUUUUUCAGAUAUGUUACAAAAUAAAGAAAUGGCUGAACUUCUUAUUUCACAUGGUGCAAUUAGAGUUCCAAUAUAA